CGAAGUCCUACUUAUACAUACCCAGAUUAAUAUCUUCUUACCUUAGAGUCAAGUCGGCCCCCAUUAGCCCUACCUAUACAUACUUAAUUAUAGCUCCAACGAAACUAGGCUUCUAUACAUCAAAUACAACAUAACAUAAACUCUAAGAGGACCGAUCCAUUUCUAUACGUAUCAUAAUGGCAUUAGGGAGAUGGACGUUUCCCACGAGUAGGAAGCAGUCUACCGCGAGCUCUAGCGGGAACCGCACGAACGGUGCCUCGACACCCAGUGACUUCGAAACACAAGAUUCUAGCAAAUCGCAGUUCCGCCUGCUACGAAGUCUGACCGGAGGCUUCAAAUCACCCAAGGCAAAAAAGACAGCCGAGCAGCAGCGGGAUGAGUGUUACCAUUUGAACAAGCCAUUUACCCCGCAAAACCUAGAGCACCAGAAGAUCUUGGGCGCUUUCGAGUGGAAUUUCGGGAGAAGGAGGAAGUCGAGCCACGGUGGUCGGAGUAGCAUGAGUGGCAUUAGCCCGAGCACUUCGAGGAAUGCCAGUGUAGACCGCAAUCACACAGCUCUUUCUUCUAGUCCAACAGAGACACAUCAUCGGUUCAGUCACCACAAGCCACCCCGAGAUAACAAACGUGGAUCAUCGGGCUGAGAUGGGAUGAAUAUUUAGGGGAUUUUAAUGAACGAAUGUAAUAUGAUGGGCUCGGAUUCGAA